AGGUGGUUCCCUAUGGCCCCUUCCAACUUCAACAUCUGCGUUUGGGCGAAUUUUAUUAGCGACAUUCUUGGGCUUGCUCUGAAAACCUGAAAGCAGAUUAUCAAAGUGGAGUCCGCAGGAAGCCUGCUGGGUUUUAUCGCAGCCUUGCAGAUAUCUAGAAACUCUUACCAGCCCGCAGAUGAUUUACUCCCAGGACUUAUUCCAAAGUAUCAUGACGAGUUUUUGGACUUGAUGGUAAGCAACCAUCCAGAUCCAGAAAUGAGUAGGACCCAGGCUAAGGGGCAUUUGGGAAUUUUUUUUUUUCUUUUGCGAUACGCGGACCUCUCACUGUUGUGGCCUCUCCCGUUGCGGAGCACAGGCUCCGGACGCACAGGCUCAGCGGCCAUGGCUCAUGGGCCCAGCCGCUCCGCAGCACGUGGGAUCUUCCCGGACCGGGGCACGAACCCGCGUCCCCCGCAUCGGCAGGCGGACUCCCAACCACCGCGCCACCAGGGAAGCCCUGGGAAUUUUGAUAUACUUCAUUUUGUUCAUUCGUCCCACCACACCACCAGCAGUACUGGCCGGAUGCCUCUGUGCUGAACUUGCGUGCUUGGGACCCGAGGGGUUACUGGGGUUUGCCUUGGGGCUCCCACAGGUAGAUGGGAGGGUAGGAACAGUCCAACCUCUACACUUCUCUGUAGAGAAUUGAAAAGCAAUAAUAAAUCAACUACAAGUCAGUCUGCUUUGUACGAUCUGAUCACUGCGCUUUGGCGAUUCUUUGCAAUAUCAGUGAUGAAGCCUUCCUCUCUGACAAUCCUGACCUCUGCCCCAACCCUACCCAGGGGAGCAAGGAAGGCGGUCUCAGGAGCCUUUCUCAUUGUCCACAACCCCGGGCCCUCCCUGCCGGGUUGCACUAAAGUCACAGCUCCCGUCCAUGGCCCUGCACGCUGCACCCUUCCUCGCAGCGCCCUGUGGGCUUUGCACAUCCCGUUUGACCAAUGAUAACUUUCCACCCUUACUUUCAAACAAUUUCACCAGGACGAACUGUCUUCGUUCCUGCUAGCCGGGGCAUCACACAGAGUCUGGCGCUCAGGGAGGGGACCUCAAACUCAAGGUGUAACGCUCUGUGGUUACCAUCUUGAAAUUCGGAAGAAUUUUAUUUUUAACUGUGGGUUUUCUAAGUGAGGUCCCACAGGACCAUGGAGCAGGCACCUGGGGGCUCCGAGCAUUGCCUCAAACGUGGUCACGCCUCCUGCCGCCAUCCCGCCUGUGAGAAAUGUUUGCCCUGGGCCCUGCAGACUAGGAAGCCAGUUCUGUGCGUGGAGGGUAGGCAUUCCAGCCACCCUCGGUCCAUCUCUGACUCCCUGCACCCACUUUGUAUUCACUGUGGUGUGGACUCAGGGGAGAGGCAGACACAAACAGGAAGGAAGGGGCUCCUGGCCUUGGGGGAGAGAGUCUAGGGAGUAAACCACGUCGUGCCAUGAGGGCUGUGACACCUGCCAGCGUGCCAUGGAGAUGCAAAGGAGGCCGGGAUGCCGCUUUCGGGGGAGCAUCGUGGAAAAGUUAGCUUCCGAACCAGGCACUGAAGAAUGAGCAAAAUUUCAGCAGGAGAGGAGGCUAUGGAAGUGUGCAAGGCCACCUCCCAUAUAGCAGCUCAAUCCAUCAACGUUCUCCCUACCGACUCACCCUUGCGAUGACCUUACUAAUCUAGGUGUGACUCUUACUGGACCUGGGACCUCCCUCCACUCACCACACUUGAUUGAUCUCCCUGUGAGCAGAUCUUACAGGUGAACAAGGUGAUGUCCAUCUUGUUUUAUGUGAUAUUUCUCGCUUAUCUCCGUGGCAUCCAAGGUAACAGCAUGGAUCAAAGGAGUUUGCCAGAAGACUCGCUCAAUUCCCUGAUUAUUAAGCUGAUCCAGGCAGAUAUUUUAAAAAACAAGCUCUCCAAGCAGAUGGUGGACGUUAAGGAAAACUACCAGAGCACGCUGCCCAAAGCAGAGGCCCCCCGGGAGACUGCCAAGUCGGAAUUCCAGCCCAUGACGGCCAUGGGCCCCGAACUGCUGCGGCAUCAGAGACGCUACAACUCCCCCCGGGUCCUGCUGAGUGACAGCACCCCCUUGGAGCCCCCUCCCCUGUACCUCAUGGAGGAUUACGUGGGCAACCCUGUGGCGACCAACAGAACGGCCCGGAGGAAGAGGUACGCGGAACACAAGAGUCACCGAGGGGAGUACUCCGUGUGUGACAGCGAGAGCCUGUGGGUGACUGACAAGUCAUCGGCCAUCGACAUUCGGGGACACCAGGUCACGGUGCUGGGGGAGAUCAAAACCGGCAACUCUCCCGUCAAACAAUAUUUUUAUGAGACGAGAUGUAAAGAGGCCAGGCCUGUCAAGAACGGUUGCAGAGGCAUUGACGACAAACACUGGAACUCUCAGUGCAAAACCUCCCAAACCUACGUCCGGGCACUGACGUCAGAAAACAACAAGCUGGUCGGCUGGCGGUGGAUACGGAUAGACACAUCCUGUGUGUGUGCCUUGUCGAGAAAGAUCGGAAGAACAUAAAUUGGCAUCUCUCCCCAUAUAUAAAUUAUUACUUUAAAUUAUACAAUAUGCACGUAGCAUAUAAAUGUUUAUAUUGUUUUUAUAUAUUAUAAGUUGACCUUUAUUUAUUAAACUUCAGCAACCCUACAGUAUAUAAGCUUUUUUUCUCAAUAAAAUCCGUGUGCUUGCCUUUUCCCUCAGGCCUCUCCCAUCUGUUAAACCUGAUCCUUGUAAGUUGGCUCUUGUAAAAUCUGUGUACACCAGUAUUUUGCAUUCAGUAUUGUCAAGGCCAUGACUGUCGUUUUAGUAAACUUGUUAAAAUCG